GUAAAGUAAGUUAGUAACUGACUAACUGUGUCGUGAAUCUGUGUGUGUUGAAUAAUGGCUUCUUCUACUUUCCUUCAAUUUCACUCUCUUACUUCUUCUUCUUCUUCUAAUCCUCAACUUUUCAGUUUCAUCAAACUACCUAAUAACUACCCAAUCACCCUUUCUUCUAAACGGAGUUCCACUUAUAAACGCGUUUACGCAAAAGCUGUUUCUACUGACUCACAGAAACCUCUCGUUGACAAUAACCAAAACACUCCCUCAUCAUCAUCCUCCAAACUGGUACUUGUUCUUGGUGGUUCAGGCGGUGUUGGGCAGCUAGUUGUAGCAUCACUGCUUCAGCGGAAUAUUAAGUCGCGCUUGAUACUUAGGGAUCUUGAGAAAGCCAAGGCACUGUUUGGUGAACAAGAUGAAGAAAAACUGCAGGUAUUCAAAGGAGACACAAGGAAGCAUGAUGAUUUGGAUCCAUCUAUGUUUGAGGGAGUCACUCAUGUGAUUUGCUGCACAGGAACAACAGCUUUUCCUUCAAGGCGGUGGGAUGAUGAAAAUACACCAGAAAGAGUUGAUUGGGUGGGAGUGAAGAAUCUAGUAUCUGUGUUGCCUUCCUCAGUGAAAAGAGUUAUUCUUGUAUCAUCAAUAGGUGUGACUAAGUGUAACGAAUUGCCAUGGAGCAUUAUGAACCUAUUUGGUGUCUUGAAGUAUAAGAAGAUGGGGGAGGAAUUUCUUCAGAAUUCUGGCUUUCCAUAUACUAUAAUUAGACCUGGAAGAUUGACAGAUGGACCAUACACAUCUUAUGAUCUCAAUACAUUACUCAAAGCAACAGCUGGGCAACGACGAGCAGUCCUUAUAGGUCAAGGAGAUAAACUAGUGGGCGAAGCCAGUAGAAUUGUGGUUGCUGAAGCUUGCGUACAGGCACUAGACCUAGAAGCCACUGAAAACCAAAUAUACGAAGUUAACUCUGUUGAGGGUGAAGGUCCUGGAAAUGAUGCUCAGAAGUGGCAAGAAUUAUUCGAGGCCGGGCGCUCUAGCUGACUAGACUUGUAAUCAAAACUUGUAUACAAAUAAAAGCAAUUUAUAUGCAUCAUAUAGGGACUUCAGCUUUACAAUUACUGUAUAUAUACUUCUUCAUUCAUUAUUGGAAGGUGAAUAUAAACUUUCUUAUUCAGGAUAGCCUCAUCGACAAUAUUGGCAAUUA